UGCACAGGGAUGCUCCACAGCCCCACCACUGAAGCCCUGCUGCUCCUUUAACCAGCCCAGGACGAUGGAGGAAGGCUCGGAGUUUUCCCUGAGCAUCGCUCAGAUCGUGCAGCGGCUGCGAGGAAGCCAUUUACACUCGCAGAUAGAGAGACAAGCCAAAGACUGUUUACAUCGGCCUGAAAUAAAAUUGGAGUCUUUAAAGGAGGAUGUACGGAAUUUCCUCAAAACAUCAGGGUGGGAAAAAAAGCUACAGAAUGCAGUGUACAGAGAGCUGCACAUCCAGCUGCCCCAGUGCCACCCGCCGGCUCCUCCAGAGCAUCUCAAAGAGCCGCUGGCCUACAUGCGCAAGGCCCAGGCCAGCUGGGAGAAGCGCAUUCUUAAAAGCCUGAACAGCAUGAGCACGGAGCUGGCAGUGCCUCUGGCUCGCAUGAGGCCCGCAGCCGAGCAGAAGGAACUCGCCAACAAAUGGAACGAGAUGGGCACAGAUGAACCAGAUUUGAGUCGCUUUAGGCCUGUUUAUGCCCCUAAAGACUUUCUGGAGGUUUUGAUCGGCCUGCGGAACCCCAACCACAACAGUAGCGAGGACAUCAGCGCCAAGAGCCACUGGGGUGUCAUCCAGGUUCCCCUCAACGUCAGGGACAUCCCACAGCUGAGACGGGCCUACUCAGAACUGAACCUGAACACGGGGCAGCUGGGCAUUGACGACCACGCACACAUCCAUCCAGACUUGUUUGAAAACGAGUACAUUCAAAUCGGGAAAAAAGUGGUGUCGGAGCAGGACAGCGCGGCGGCGCAGCAGUACAGCAGGCAGGGCUGCCCCACCGGGCUCCGAGCCGACCUGUGGGCCCUCAUCCUCAACUCCACCAACCAGCCGCAGGAUGUGAUGCAUUAUGAACAGCUGAAGGCCGGAGUCAUCCAGCACGACCUGCUGGUGGAUAACCUCAUCUAUAAGGAUGUGAAGCUGACCGCCAGCAACGACGACUACUACUUUGUGUUUGAAGACUUCCUCUAUCAGGUGCUGCUGUGCUUCUCCCGGGACACUGCCGUCCUGGAGCACUUCAAGUACAACAGCGCCACUCCUCCCAAGUCCUACAUCCACGGAAAAGGGGGAGAUGAGGAAUUAGCUGUUGUUUACCCUCCCAAUGGUGUCAUCCCUUUCCAUGGGUUUUCCAUGUACGUGGCACCUUUGUGCUUCUUGUACAACGAGCCAUCCAAACUCUACAGCGUCUUCAGGGAAAUGUAUAUCCGCUACUUCUUCAGACUGCACUCCAUCUCCUCCGCUCCUUCGGGCGUGGUGUCGUUGUGCCUGCAGUUCGAGCGGCUGCUCCAGGCCCACCUGCCUCAGCUCUUCUAUCACCUUCGGCAGAUCGGAGCGCAGCCGUUGCGUAUAGCCUUCAAGUGGAUGGUGAGGGGCUUCUCCGGAUACCUGUCCACCGAUCAGCUGCUGCUUCUCUGGGAUCGGAUCCUCGGGUAUGAUUCUCUGGAAGUAGUAGCAGUUCUCGCAGCUGCGGUGUUUGCCUUCCGGGCCGAGAACCUGAUGGAGGUGACGUCUCUGGCCUCAGCGGAGGCCGUCCUCGCGGACCUUUCAACUCUGAAGGUUAUGCCCCUCAUCCAGAUCUUUCUGUUCGCCACCGCCAUCUGACGGCCGGGGCGACAGGACGGGCCGAGCUGCCACCGGGACGAUAUUGUGACACUGGAGAAAUGCCACUUGGAUAUGCCAUAACCGCACUAAAUACGAGUCAUCAUUCAUCAGGAAACGGGAGCCGAGUAAGGAGAACCUGCGUCGGCGUGACACACUUCAUCUGGUUUCUGCAAAGCGCCAAAGCCGCGUUUAGCGCAUGUGGACCAUAAAUAGCAAAUACCAUCGACGAUGUUAUCAGAUAUUAUACAGUAUGUAAGCGUAUCUUCCAGAGCGGUGAGGCCACGCCAGCUCUCUUAAGCCGUACGGGAAGGGGAUCCACACGGCGGUGCUGGGAUCAGCCGAGCAGCUCAGCGGCACAUAAGUCGCACCGACAAGUCAUUGUGUUGCACCAGAGGCAUGCGAGAGGGAGCAGCCGUAAUGUUUCCAGCUUGGUUAAUGACAUGUUAAUUGUUUCCUGCAAUUGCACUAUUUAUUCAGCUCUGAGUGUCCUGCUUGCGAUUACGUUAUUUAACUCUGCGGUUGCUGCUGAACGAGGAGUUUGGAAACACUGGUCUGCUUCAGCAUGUUGAAAUACCCACGCUGUUUAUUGCAUUUAUGAAGGGAUGGCCUGCUAAUGCACUCCUGGGCAGGGCUCACGCGGACGCGCUGCGUUAAGGCUCGGCGCUGAUGUUCAGAAAUGUAGCGCCAGUCAGCCAUGAGAUCAGACAGCCGGCUAGAUGAGUUUGUCUGGCUGGAAUCUGACUGGAAAAAUUCUGCAGCGGGCAAAAAAGUGCUGAUACAUUUUCUACGGAAAGCUUGAAAUGAUUUAGAUGUUCAAGUUUUAAAUCAUUUGAUGUGCAUGGCACUAUUCUUUAAAAUAAGAUGAGGAAAAACUCUCUAAACCCCCGCGUAAACCUUUAUUGGAGCUAAUAAAAUGCUUGAUCUCAAGCAAUACUAGUCUGGAUGGAGUGGGAAGGUUAAUUUGUAAUUAUAGAAAUAUAAUCAUAUGUAUGAAAUAAUUUUUCAUAUAAUUCCAUUAAAUCUCAUUAACUCCAUUUGACUGAUUCCAGCUAACGUCAGCUCUUUGUCUGGGAUUCAGAAGCUGAAGCCUGAAAUGCGUCUGUGUAAAUCCUGCCUUAAGGCAUGCUUCACGCGCUCAAUGCCAAUAUUUAUGUGAUUGUGAACAUUUUGAAUGAUGUAUUUAAAGUAUGUACAUACUAAUUAUGUCAUUUUUGUUACAUAUGUAACUUUAAUUAUGAAAGAUAUGUUCUGUCUUUAUAAUUUGACUAACUGUGUUCCUAGCAAGUCUCAUCUUGAAUGUUUUCCUGCAGCGUAAAAGAUGUUUUAGAAAAUAAAGAGUGUGAG